AUGGCAGUACUCAGCCUGUGGCCCUGGGGAACCUGCAUACUUGGGAUCCUUCUCUCCUGGGGACUUGGCCUGGACACUUUGGAGGUGUGCCCCAGUCUGGACAUACGCUCCGAGGUGGCAGAGCUGCGGCGGCUGGAGAACUGCAGUGUGGUGGAGGGCCACCUGCAGAUCCUGCUCAUGUUCACAGCCACUGGGGAGGACUUCCGGGGCCUCAGCUUCCCCCACCUCACCCAGGUCACGGACUACCUGCUGCUCUUUCGUGUCUAUGGCCUGGAGAGCCUGCGGGACCUCUUCCCCAACCUGGCGGUGAUCCGCGGUGCUCGCCUCUUCCUGGGCUACGCGCUGGUUAUCUUUGAGAUGCCACACCUGCGUGACCUGGGGCUGCCUGCGCUGGGUGCCGUGCUGCGUGGGGCAGUGCGUGUGGAGAAGAACCAGGAGCUGUGCCACCUGUCCACCAUCGACUGGGGACUUUUGCAGCCCGCGCCUGGGGCCAACCACAUCGUGGGCAACAAACUGGGUGCAGAGUGUGCUGACGUGUGCCCAGGUGUGCUGGGCGCCUCUGGUGAGCCUUGUGCCAGGACCACCUUCAGUGGGCACAGUGACUACAGGUGCUGGACCUCCAGCCACUGCCAGAGAGUGUGUCCCUGCCCCCGUGGGCUGGCCUGCACAGCGAGGGGCGAAUGCUGCCACACCGAGUGCCUGGGGGGCUGCAGCCAGCCCGAAGACCCCCGUGCCUGUGUAGCCUGCCGCCACCUCUACUUCCAGGGUGCUUGCCUCCGCACCUGCCCUCCAGGCACCUACCAGCAUGAGUCUUGGCGCUGCAUCACGGCCGAGCACUGUGCCAGCCUGCACUCCAUGCCUGGCCGUGCCUCUGCAUUUGGUAUCCACCAGGGCAGCUGCCUGGCCCAAUGCCCCCCAGGUUUCACGCGUAAUGACAGCAGCAUCUUCUGCCACAAAUGUGAAGGGCUGUGCCCCAAAGAGUGCAAGGUUGGCACCAAGACCAUCGACUCGGCGCAGGCAGCACAGGAUCUGGCAGGCUGUACUCACGUGGAAGGAAGCCUCAUCCUCAACUUGCGCCAGGGCUACAACCUGGAGCCGGAGCUGCAGCGCAGCCUGGGGCUGGUGGAGACCAUCACUGGCUUCCUCAAAAUCAAGCACUCCUUUGCUCUUGUGUCCCUGGGCUUCUUCAAGAACCUCAAACUGAUCCGGGGGGACGUCAUGGUGGAUGGGAACUACACUCUGUAUGUGCUGGACAACCAGAACCUGCAGCAGCUGGGCUCCUGGGUAGCCACCGGCCUCACCAUCCCUGUGGGCAAGAUCUACUUUGCCUUCAACCCGCGCCUCUGCCUGGAGCACAUCUACCGUCUGGAGGAGGUGACCGGCACCAGGGGCCGGCAAAACAAGGCCGAGAUCAACCCCCGCACCAACGGAGACCGAGCCGCCUGUCAGACUCGCACCCUGCGCUUCGUGUCCAACACCACGGAGACAAACCGCAUCCUGCUGCGAUGGGAGCGCUACGAGCCACAGGAGGCCCGCGACCUGCUCAGCUUCAUCGUGUACUACAAGGAGUCCCCAUUCCAGAAUGCCACAGAGCACGUGGGCCCGGAUGCCUGUGGAGCCCAGAGCUGGAACCUGCUAGAUGUGGAGCUGCCCCUAAGCCGCACCCAGGAGCCUGGGGUGACACUGGCCCCCCUCAAGCCCUGGACACAGUAUGCAGUGUUUGUGCGGGCCAUCACGCUGACCACCGCGGAGGACAGCCCCCAUCCAGGAGCCCAGAGCCCCAUCAUCUACCUCCGCACCCUGCCGGCAGCGCCCACGGUGCCCCAAGACGUCAUUUCCACGUCUAACUCGUCCUCCCACUUGCUGGUGCGCUGGAAGCCACCGACGCAGCGCAAUGGAAACAUCACCUACUACCUGGUGCUGUGGCAGCGACUGGCAGAGGACGGCGACCUCUACCUCAAUGACUACUGCCACCGUGGCUUGCGGCUGCCCACCAGCAACACCGACCCCCGCUUCGACCGUGAAGGCGGGGAACUUGAGGCGGAGUCGGAGCCUGGCUGCUGCCCUUGCCAAGACCCACACCCUGGACAGGGAUCGCCCUCACUGGAGGCACAAGAGGCUUCUUUCCAGAAGAAGUUUGAGAACUUUCUACACAACGCCAUCACCAUCCCCAAGUCCCCUUGGAAGGUCACGUCCAUUCAUAAGAGUCCCCACAGUGACUCCGGGCGGUACCGACGCUCCGCCGGAACCCUCCGACUUGGGGACAAUAGCUCGGAUUUCGAGAUCCAGGAGGACAAGGUGCCCCGGGAGCGAGCGGUGCUGAGCGGCUUGCGCCACUUCACCGAAUACCGAAUCGACAUCCAUGCCUGCAACCACGCGGCGCACACGGUGGGCUGCAGCGCCGCCACUUUCGUCUUUGCGCGCACCAUGCCGGAUAGAGAGGCCGAUGGCAUCCCGGGGAAGGUGGCCUGGGAGGCCGCCAGCCGGAGCAGUGUCCUUCUACGCUGGCUGGAGCCCCCGGACCCCAAUGGACUGGUCCUCAAGUAUGAGAUCAAGUACCGCCGCCUAGGAGAGGAGGCCACUGUGCUGUGUGUGUCCCGUCUGAGAUACGCCAAGUUAGGGGGGGUGCAACUGGCCCUGCUCCCCCCGGGAAAUUACUCCGCGAGGGUUCGAGCCACUUCGCUGGCUGGCAAUGGCUCCUGGACCGACAGUGUGGCCUUCUACAUCCCCGGCCCAGAGGAGGAGGACUCUGGCAGCCUGCAUGUGCUCCUUACUGUCACCCCCGUGGGCCUCAUGCUGCUUAUCAUCCUUGCUGCCCUGGGGCUCUUCUACGGUAGGAAGAGAAACAGCACCCUGUAUGCCUCUGUGAACCCCGAAUACUUCAGCGCCUCUGAGAUGUACGUCCCUGACGAAUGGGAGGUGCCCCGGGAGCAAAUUUCCAUCCUCCGGGAACUGGGCCAGGGCUCUUUUGGGAUGGUAUACGAGGGUCUGGCCCGAGGACUGGAGGCUGGAGAGGAGUCCACGCCCGUGGCCCUGAAAACAGUGAAUGAGCUGGCCAGCCUCCGCGAACGCGUUGAAUUCCUCAAGGAAGCUUCUGUCAUGAAGGCCUUCAAGUGCCACCACGUGGUACGUCUCCUAGGUGUGGUGUCUCAGGGUCAGCCUACCCUGGUCAUCAUGGAGCUGAUGACCCGGGGAGACCUCAAGAGCCACCUUCGAUCCUUACGACCUGAGGCAGAGAACAACCCUGGGCUCCCCCGGCCAGCUCUGGGGGAUAUGAUGCAGAUGGCUGGGGAGAUCGCAGAUGGUAUGGCCUACCUUGCCGCCAACAAGUUCGUGCACCGAGACCUGGCAGCCCGCAACUGUAUGGUGUCCCAGGACUUGACCGUCAAGAUUGGGGAUUUCGGGAUGACCCGGGACGUGUACGAGACCGAUUAUUACCGCAAGGGGGGGAAGGGGCUGCUGCCCGUGCGCUGGAUGGCCCCUGAGUCCCUCAAGGACGGCAUUUUCACCACCCACUCGGAUGUCUGGUCCUUUGGAGUGGUGCUCUGGGAGAUCGUGACCCUGGCCGAGCAGCCCUACCAGGGUCUCUCGAAUGAGCAGGUGCUCAAGUUCGUCAUGGAUGGCGGGGUGCUGGAGGAGCUGGAGAGCUGUCCCCUGCAGCUGCAGGAAUUGAUGAGCCGCUGCUGGCAGCAGAAUCCGCGCCUGCGACCCACCUUCACCCACAUCCUGGACAGCAUACAGGGGGAGCUGCGGCCCUCCUUCCGUCUGCUCUCCUUCUAUCACAGCCCAGCAUGCAGGGGGGCACGGGGCUCCCUGCUGCCUUCCGAGGCAGAGCCUGACUCCUCACCCGCCCUGAAAGGGUCCUCCUCAGACUGCAGCCCUCAAAAUGGGAGCCUGAGGCACUAAGGGCAGUGGGUCCCUUCCCCAGCUUACAGGCUUCCCAUGGGCAGAAAGGAAUCGACCUGA